AUGAUCGCCGACACGAAGUCCAAAGUCGUGGCGCUAUUUGUUUAUCUCAAGAAGUUAUCGGAGAAAUGGUUCUCUCAUGUCCUGCUACUGGCUUUCCUUAUACUGUACGCCUGUAUGGGCGCCUGGAUCUUCGAGUCCGUUGAGGGCGGCUAUGAGAAGGAACAGAAUGCGAUUGUCCGCCAACUCCGAGUGCCAGUCGAUAAUCUGACCGAUAAAUUGACAAAACGUUUGUGGAAUGAGAGGCUGAAGUACCCGUUGCCGGGCGAGGGCUGGCAGGCGCUGGAUGUGGACAGCCGUUGGGACGCCUUCGCCCGUAAAGCGUUGGCUCAGUUUGAGACUCAGGUGUCCAUAACGUGCAAACAG